AUGCGGUUGUCAGAUAUUCUCUCCCUUGCUAUCCUAGGCACUUGUGUCCUUGCGCAGAACGGUACAACAGGUCUACUAGGAGAUGCAAUCGCUGUUACUAAUAACCCCAUUGGAAAAGGAGCCAUUGCGGUGCUCCCCAAAAAGCCAUUCUUUGCUUCGGGAUCUCUUGAUGGCAAUGUCAAGGGCGCCGUGAGGGCUACUACGGGCGCCAAGGGUAAGGGUGUCGACUUUGAGGUUACUUUUUCCAAUUUGCCCAAAGAGGGUGGGCCAUUCACCUACCAUCUCCACGUCAACCCGCUUGAUGCUUCAGGCAACUGUACCAACACCCUCGCCCAUCUCGACCCCUUCAUCCGCGGCGAGGAUCCGGCUUGUAACUCUACCCAUCCGGCAACGUGCCAAGUUGGAGACCUCAGUGGGAAGUAUGGCAAAAUCACGGCGGAUCCAUUCAAGGCCAAGUUCCAUGACGACUUCACCGCUAUGAAGGAAGGCCCAGGAUCCUACUUUCUCAACCGCAGCAUUGUCGUCCACUUCGCUAACAAGACACGCAUCACGUGCGCGAACUUCACGGUGUUACGCUGUGCUGGUGUCAACGCUACUUCUACGACGGAUGGGUUAUGCCAGGACUCUUCAACGCCAAUGCCAACAGACAACAACGUUACUCCCUUUGUCGGGGGCGCUGGCACACUCCCUAUCACAGGCUUGGCCCUCCUCCCCCUGGUAGCCGUCUUCCUUGCCUUCUGA